UUUUUCUUUUUCCUUCAUUUUAUUAUAGAAAGGGGUAUAUUUAGUAAAUUUAACUGGGGAAGGAGUAUAUAUAUAAACACACGCCCCUGCAGCACAGGGGCGUGUAUUGAACUUGAAAUAAUUGGUACAUGUAUGCAUCGAUAUUGAAUGUCGGAGCACUGAGUAAUGAAUUUAAAGGGUAUAACAAAGUCUAAUGAUAAUAAAAAAUCAAUUAAAGAUGUGUUUUACACACACACACACACAGAUAAAGUGUUUUGCCUUGUUUGGAUUCAAUGAUUUGGAGAGAAAAAGAAAUAAAGGAGACCCUUCCUCUCCAAAUCACUUAUUUGGAUUGUAUUUCAUAAAAUGGAGAAAAAGAGAAAGAGGGAGAGAAAUACUCCUUUUUCACACUAUCCAAAGGUGGAGGGAUUUCAAUUUGGAAAGAAGAAAAUCAGUUGUGUAAUACCUUUCUUAAAAUGUCAAAAAUGAUAUUUAAUUAGUAUAAUUAGCAUAUAAAAAAUUCAUUAAGUAAAAUAAUAUUAAAUGAUUUCAUUUUCUCUCCUGUUACUCGAAUAAUAAAGAGAAAUCUCUCUCCACUCUUUUCUUUUCUCAUAAUAAUUCAAAUAACAGAAUCACUCAAUUCACUUUUUCUUUUUCUUUUUCUCUCUUCACCAAAGAAAAUACUAUCAUUUCUUUUCUUUUAUCCCCUACUUCUCCAAAUUCCAAGAAACUAUUAGGGGGUCUGCUACGAGCCGAGACAGAGGAAGGCCGGAGACGCUGACCAGAGGGGAAUCCAAGCAGAUUGAGGGGCUCGGACAAGGUAACUCGUCACCAGGGAACACAAAUAGAAGGGGUCCGAACUGGUUGUUAGAUAGAAGAGAUGCCGAGCUGGUUGAGGGCUCGGACGAGACGACCCGUCGCAGGGGAGCUUGAACAGAGGGCUUGAGGGGCUCGGACGGAACAGCUGAUUGCAGGGGAGCUUGGGCAGAUGGUGCUGAGCUGGGGUCGUCAGAAGAGGCCGAACAGAGUGAGCGCAUGGGCAGGUCGGCCAUUCGCAGCUCGGCUCAUUGCAGCUCGGGUAGUUGUGGGCCGAGGCGUGGAUCACGUGGCAGCUAGGCUGGGUGCCGGGUCGAACUCCCUUAACGGCUCAUCGUGGCUUACGUGUUAAGGGGCCAACUGUAGGAGAGCGCAGGGGGUAUUCCAGAAUAGUUAGUUAGAGUUUCUAUGUAUAAAGUGAAGGGGCAGCGGGAAUUGCAGGGGAGAAAAUUGGGAAUCUAUUUGUUUCUUUGUUUCUCUGGAGAGUGGCUCUCUCGAACCAGCCAACCUGUAGCUUCAUUUCCAUUUUUAUUGCAUUCAGUAAAUCUCCAUUCAAUCAUUCAUUCCAUUUUCCUAUUGAAAUUCAUCCAAUCAUACAACUCACACGAGGAGAUUCAUUACAAUUGGUAUCAGAGCCAAGCUCCUACCACCAUGGGAGAGGGAACUCGCAUGAACCAGAUGUGGGAGUCCAUCGCUGCCUUGAAGAGAUCACAAGAAGAGCAGCAAAUUACUCAAGCCGAACAGCAGAAGCAACUCAUCACCGUGACUCAACAGUUGGGAGCUCUCUCCGACGCUGUGAAGCUUCUCGGCAAGCAGAAACUCGACCAGGAAGGGCCAGGAGAGACAUCGAGCCGCGACCUCAGAUACCAACACCGUGAGAGCUUCAAUGGGGAGCAACACAUUAUAGACAGAGCAGAGGCAGAGACAUUAGCGUUCCAAGCGGAGAUCAUCUUCUGUGAACUUAUCAGUAACUCCUCCGAGGCUCUGAACAAAAUUCCGAUGAAGGGUGAGGCAGUCAACGAGGAGGCGGUUGAUGAGAUAGACGGUGACGAUCAGUGCGAGAUCCUGGAGCUCGACGCUAAGGAGUCGCUUUUCAAGCACAUCCAAUUCUACGAGAUUUGCGGAAAGGGGUUUCAUCGAGAUGUCAAGCUGGUAAAGCGCAUACGAGCUCACGAAAAUCAGCUCACAACCCCAGAAGCACUCGCCAUGCUACCGAGCUACGUUGAGACCAAAAAGACGAGGUUCUCGCGCCCGUCCCAGGGCUGCAAUCACAUAAAAUCUCACUAUCUAGUGUUGGGUUUGAUUUCCUUGAUGAAGUCAUCAGCGGGUGUCUCGAAAGCGAGUUCUAUGGGGGCUUUCGAAAUGUCUUCGUUCAAGGGUCCUCCUAUAAUGGAUUUUUUGCAAGGGUCGAAGCCACUUCCUGUUAGCGGGAAGAGGUUCCCACCGGAGGUUGAGGUCUUGUAUGUGGGGAGUUUGAAGGCGGAGAUCAAACCAGCGGAGCAGGAAGAGGUUACCCAAUUCUUGCUGAAGAAGGUUGGGUGCAUGCCUACUUUUCUGUCCAAUGAAAUUCAGGACAAGUUCUACCAUGGAUUCUAUAAGCAUUACCUUUGGCCUCCGUUUCAUUAUAUAUUGCCUGUUUCGCAAAUCCAUGAUGCUCAGUUCAACCCAUCUCAGUGGUGCGCCUAUGUAAGGGCAAACCAUAUUUUUGCCAAUAAGAUCUUGGAGGUGCUAAACAACCCUGAUGAGGAUUUCGUCUUGAUACAUGAUUAUCACCUCAUGGCUAUGUCGUCUUACCUACAGAAAAAAUUUCACCAGGUGAUGAUCGAGUUUUUCUUGCACAGCCCUUUCCCUGCCUCGAAAAUAUAUCGAACACUUCUCAUGCUGGAAGAGAUUCUUGGAAGCUUAUUGAAUUCCGAUCUUAUUGGUUUCCAUAUAUUUGAUUAUGCCAGACACUUUCUGUCAUGUUGUAGUAGGACGUUGAGUUUGGAUUAUGAAUCAAAAGGGGGUUACCUUGGGAUUGAGUAUUUUGGUCAAACAGUAAGCAGUAAAAUCCUUCCAGUUGGAAUUCAUAUGGGUCAGCUUGAAUCGGCUAUGCCUCUUCCAGAGAUUGUUGAUAAGGUCAAAGAGUUGAAGGAACAAUUUAAGGGGAGAAUUGUAAUGCUAGGUGUGGAUGGCAUGGCUAUGUUUACAGGCAUAAAUUUGAAGUUCCUUGCAAUGAGGCAACUAUUAGCUCAGAAACCUGGAUUGGAAGAGAAAGUAGUUUGGGUUCAGAUUGCAAAACCAGCAAGCAGCCGGGAUAAGGAUAUUCAGGAAGUUGAGAAUGAAAUCCAUCUCAUUGCGAAGGAAAUCAAUAAAAGCUCUGGAAAGCCAGAGAAUGAGCCAAUUGUCUUCGUCAACCGGUUUGUUCCGACACAAGAGAAGAUUGCAUACUAUGCCAUCUCUAAGUGCUGUGUGAUGAAUGAUGUAAGGAAGGGGAUGAACUUGGUGCCUUACAAGUACACAGUUUGCCGACAGGGCAACCUUGCUUUGGACAUGGGUUUGGGAACUGAUGGGUCUGCAUCUCUGAAAAAGAGUGUUAUCAUUAUUUUAGAAUUUGUUGGGAGCUCGCCGUUGCCCAGUAGUGCAAUCCAGGCAAACCCCUGGAACAUUGAUUGUGUAUUAGAGACUAUGAGUUUGGCCAUCACAAAGGAUGUCACAGAGAAACAAUGGCGACAUGAGAAGCACUCUGCUGCAGAUCAGGAAAAAGUGUUUCUACGGCCCCCUUAUGAUAUUCAAAAGGUUAUAAUUGCAACUAAUAUUGUAGAGACUAGCAUAACAAUGGAUGAGAUGGGUUUUAUCUCCUCAAAUCUCACUUACAAUAACCCCAUGGGUCUCUACACACAGACUGGCAUGUUUGAGAGAAUUCCUAACAUGCUAUCAGUGAUGAAGGAGAAUGGAUUUUCUCCCAAUAAUUGUAGCUACAGAAUUUGCAAUAACUCAUAUGGGACAGGAUCUGAUAUUGAGAAUAUGGCGAAGCUUCUAGAAGAAAUGAAUUUUGUUCGAUCUUCUCUAGAGUUUGCUGAAGGUGUGAAUCAAGUUGAAAUGGACAUGGAGGGAAGUGCAGUAACUGUUAGUGAUGACCCGAACCUCACUAACCCAAGAUCUCUUUUGCACUACAUUCAGGAAGCUGGGCGUGACACCAAAAGGUACAAUGCAACCUUGUUCCAUCCUCCUAGACAAAGAGAGAGAGAGCAGGAGCAUGAAAUACAGAUAUAUAGAGACCAGUUCUUCUGGAGCUGCCUAUUUUCAGUUCCUGUUUUUGUUUUCUCUAUGGUACUUCCAAUGCUUCAUCCUUAUGGCAACUGGUUAGAUUAUAUGGUGUACAACAUGCUCACUGUUGGUAACCCAUUGCUUGUUUCAGAAACUUAUACAGAUGGCCAGAAGGAAACAAAAUUGUGGGUUGAUGUGGUAGGGAUUGCAUACACAUUCAUCAAAAAAUUAUCACCUAAUUUGCAUGGUAGUGUUAUAGUGUCCAUGGGUGUUGGCAUUUUGGCAAAGAUAUUGAAAUGUUCACGAUCUCAUAUGACUGUAGUGGCUCUGAAGACAAAUAUAUUUGAGGUGAAUUUAGCAACAAAUACAUUUGAUGUCGGCUGUAAUGUUACAAGAAGUGCCUUAUGGUUGUUUUCUGAAAAACUUGCAACAUUUCUUUUAAUAGACCGUGAGCAGAAUGACAGCUAUUGCCCAUUAACUACUUCAUUGCGAGAGUUCACCAUGCAGCUUGUGGAGACAUGUGUUGAAAAUGAUUUUGUCAUUGCUCUUGUCAUAUUCUCUCUUCAGUAUGUUUUAGUUCAUCACGAGUCUUGGGAAUACAAAGCAAAAGAUGCGGGGAAGUGGUAUCAUAAGUGGAAGGAGAAGUUUUCUUCACCUUGUGGGCAAGGUGCUCAAAAGGGGAAGGUAUUGCUACGAGCCGAGACAGAGGAAGGCCGGAGACGCUGACCAGAGGGGAAUCCAAGCAGAUUGAGGGGCUCGGACAAGGUAACUCGUCACCAGGGAACACAAAUAGAAGGGGUCCGAACUGGUUGUUAGAUAGAAGAGAUGCCGAGCUGGUUGAGGGUUCGGAAGAGACGACCCGUCGCAGGGGAGCUUGAACAGAGGGCUUGAGGGGCUCGGACGGAACAGCUGAUUGCAGGGGAGCUUGGGCAGAUGGUGCUGAGCUGGGGUCGUCAGAAGAGGCCGAACAGAGUGAGCGCAUGGGCAGGUCGGCCAUUCGCAGCUCGGCUCAUUGCAGCUCGGGUAGUUGUGGGCCGAGGCGUGGAUCACGGGGCAGCUAGGCUGGGUGCCGGGUCGAACUCCCUUAACGGCUCAUCGUGGCUUACGUGUUAAGGGGCCAACUGUAGGAGAGCGCAGGGGGUAUUCCAGAAUAGUUAGUUAGAGUUUCUAUGUAUAAAGUGAAGGGGCAGCGGGAAUUGCAGGGGAGAAAAUUGGGAAUCUAUUUGUUUCUUUGUUUCUCUGGAGAGUGGCUCUCUCGAACCAGCCAACCUGUAGCUUCAUUUCCAUUUUUAUUGCAUUCAGUAAAUCUCCAUUCAAUCAUUCAUUCCAUUUUCCUAUUGAAAUUCAUCCAAUCAUACAACUCACACUAGCAGAUUCAUUACAGGGUCCUGGAAAGUGAUUUUCUUGCUUUUGGAAAAAAAAAAAAUGCGAAUCUUUUAGCUUUUAAAAGCAAGAAAAAUGGCUUCCCCAUAGCGAACUGAGAAGUGCCAAACAGUGCCUAAACAAACAGCGAUUAGGUUCAUGCUUGAAUCAUUCGACCAACAAGCGGAGGUAAAUUUCAAACAAACCUGAGCCAUUUCGUGAUGGAACGGAAUCUUCCGAUCGGGCGGCGACUCGUUGGCGGUGAAGACCCGACCAACGACGUUGGAGCGAGGGGCGGCGCCGCCGACGUAGGGCAGCUCGGGGAAGCCGAAGGCCUCGACGACGUCGUUGAAAUCGGAGGGCGUGGCAACCGGAAAGCCCCGGAGGAGAAGGGCGCCGGCGGAGUGGAGGCGAGCUUCGACCCACGGCUUGUGGGCCUUGACGGCCUGGGUGAGGGCAGAGAGAUCGAAGUGAGAGGCGGGGUUUGGGGAUAGAACAGUGGGGAAGACGCUGCCAUU